UGCCAUGAAACAAGAAGAUAACUAUUCUACCCCUGAUAAUAUGGCUAUAGAUCCUAGACUUCAAGAUAACAGGCCUGAGACUGGACAGCAACUGCUUCAAAAACUACUUAGGACAAAGAAUCAGCUUGGAGCUCAACGGACACCUGAUGGCAUCCACAAUGAAAUUAAUGGGCACAUAAACAAUAAAUUGGCAAUGCUGGAACAAAAGCUUCAAGGGACACCUCAAAACAUGGAGGAUUUGCAAUCUCUUACUAAAAGACCCCCUUUGCCUAAGCCCAAACGUACAAAUAAAGUAACCAGUGGGCCCAAUGCAAGAAAAAAGACCAAGAAGGAUGAACUAGGGAAAAGCCCAGAAGCUCUCAUGAAACAGCUGAAACAGGGCUUGUCUCUGCUGCCUCUGAUGGAGCCAUCCAUAACCACAAGCCUAGAUCUUUUUGCUCCUUUUGGGAGCAGUCUACCCAAUGGUAAAGCCCAGCUGAAAGGAUCAUUUGGAAAUGCAGUACUGGACAAUGUCCCAGACUACUAUUCUCAGCUACUUACAAAGAGUAACCUUAGCAACCCUCCUACACCUCCAUCAUCUCUGCCUCCCACACCUCCUCCUUCAGUACAGCACAAGCUGCCAAAUGGGAUGACCACUGGGGAGGAGCUUUCAAAGUGUAAAGAGGCAGAUGCUGCUGUAGAGCCAAUGGACACCACGUCUGAAGCAGUUAAGAGUGUCGACAUUCUGGCAGCUCUUCCUACUCCACCACACAACCAGAACGAAGACAUCAGAAUGGAAAGUGAUGAUGAAGAUGCACCAGAAAGCAUUAUUCCAGCAUCAUCCCCAGAGAGUAAUGUAGGAGAAGGAACAACACGGUUCCCUCAGCUCAAAGAGCCCAAGGAGGAAGAGACUGAAAGGGCUAUAUCUCCCAUUAUUCCUCUCAUCCCUCGUACACCUAUACCAGAAUUUCAAGAAAAUAAACCACUUACUGAUGACAAGGUUCUUUCUACAUCAAACCAUCUAAACAGACCAAAAAGUAAUGAAGUGUCUGUCACCUUCACACUGUCCUCUGCAGCUGCAAAGAAACUCAACCAUGUGAUGAUGGCCAUGGCUCAGCUCCUAAGCAUCCGGAUGCCGGGGUCUUAUGAGGUGACUUUUCCUCCUCAAAACCUGGAUUUUGAUGGGUCCAGUAAGGCACAAGGACAGCCAGGUUUCCCUGGUGCCCUCUGUGUAAAGAACAAUGCCACACCUAAUCCAGAUGAAUGGCUCAGGCAGUUUGAUGUAUCGCUUCCCGGCUGUACACUCAAGAAACACGUGGACAUACUUUCACUCAUAAAACAGGACUUUGCGGAAAAUGAGGAUAAGCCAGCACUACACUAUUACACAACAAACGUGAAUGAUUUGGAUGUUAGGCACCUUCCUGUUAUUCCAGUUGAGGAAUCUCCACCUCCGUCGCCUCCUCUUCCAGACGAAGAAGAACCUUCUGCCCCAGAAGCAGUUUGUGAAACAGUUCCACCUAAAACCUCUCGUCCUUCCUCUCCCUCUGUGCAAGAAGAAGUAAAGGUCAAGACUGAGCCAGAGCAAGAAGAUGGAGCUUCACAACCCAAAGCCUUAGAAUCUGAAAGUGCUUCAGUUUCUCCUUCAGUCACACUUAGUGGUGCAUCUGCUGAAGACUCACUAAAGAUUACAGCUUAUUCUAAGGAGGAGGAUAUGAGCACUGACUCAGCUGAGCCUGAAAAAGAUGCUCCUAAUGCCUUGGAGUCUUCCCCAAAAUCCAUGAAGCAACGCAGAUCGCUCUCGCCUGAACCGGAGGUAGUCCAACCAAAAGUGAAGAAAUGGAAAGGGAUUAGAUGGAAGCGUCUUCAGUUUGUCAUCACAAUCCGUAAGGGUGGCUCCAAGAAGGAGAGCAGCCGUGAAGUUUCAGAGCUGAUGGAGCGACUGCGCAUCACUUUUAGACCAGAGAAACUCCCUCGCGACAAACGCAAAUGUUGCUUUUGUCACGACGAAGGCGAUGGGGCCACGGAUGGGCCGGGGCGCUUGCUUAACAUUGAUGUGGAUUUGUGGGUACAUCUGAAUUGUGCUCUGUGGUCUACUGAGGUCUAUGAAACACAAGGAGGAGCACUCAUCAAUGUAGAGGUAGCCCUGCGCCGAGGUCUGCGUACCCUCUGUGCCUACUGCCAGAAAACUGGUGCCACUAACAGCUGCAACAGACUGCGCUGCCCUAAUGUCUAUCAUUUUGCCUGUGCGAUCCGAGCACGCUGCAUGUUCUUCAAGGACAAGACCAUGUUGUGCACACAGCACAAGCUGAAGGGCCCCAGUGAGGACGAGCUCAGCACGUUUGCUGUGUUGAGGAGGGUCUACAUUGAGCGUGAUGAAGUGAAACAGAUUGCCAGUAUCCUGCAGCGAGGAGACCGAAUCCAUUUGUUCAGAGUCGGAGGUCUGAUCUUCCAUGCUGUUGGUCAGCUGCUUCCAUCACAGAUGCCCCUUUUCCACUCUCCCACUGCCAUUUUCCCUGUGGGCUAUGAGGCUACGCGCAUCUACUGGAGCACACGGGUGCCUAACAAACGCUGCAGGUACCGCUGUCGGAUCAACGAGGAUAACGGCCGGCCUCUUUUUGAGGUGCGAGUUCUGGAGCACGGCAUGGAGGAUCUGCACUACCGUGACAGCUCUCCAGAGGGAAUUUGGAGCAGAGUGGUUCAGCAAGUGGCCAAACUUCGAGAGGAGUCUUCUAUGCUGAAGCUGUUCACAGAACACAUAAAAGGAGAAGAAAUGUACGGACUCACCAUCAAUGCUGUGAUGCGCAUCACUGAAUCAUUGCCUGGAGUGGAGAGCUGCCAAAGUUACCAGUUCCGUUAUGGGCGUCACCCUCUCAUGGAGCUCCCCCUCAUGAUCAAUCCCAGUGGCUGUGCCCGCUCUGAGCCCAAAGUCACUGCCCAGUGCAAGAGGCCCCACACGCUGAAUAGCACCAGUGUUUCGAAAGCCUACCAGAGCACUUUCACUGGGGAACUCAACACACCAUACAGCAAACAGUUUGUUCAUUCUAAAUCAUCCCAGUACCGUCGCCUGAAGACAGAGUGGAAGAACAACGUUUACCUGGCCCGAUCCCGAAUCCAGGGCCUCGGAUUAUACGCUGCAAAGGAUUUGGAAAAGCACACCAUGGUCAUUGAAUACAUUGGCACGGUUAUACGCAAUGAGGUGGCCAAUCGUAGGGAAAAGAUAUACGAGUCUCAGAAUCGUGGCAUUUACAUGUUCCGCAUCAACAAUGAACAGGUCAUUGAUGCCACUCUGACGGGUGGCCCAGCUCGCUAUGUCAACCACUCCUGUGCCCCCAACUGUGUGGCAGAGGUGGUAACGUUUGACAAGGAAGAUAAGAUCAUCAUCAUUUCCAGCCGAAAGAUUCCAAAGGGAGAAGAGCUGACGUAUGAUUACCAGUUUGAUUUUGAGGAUGAUCAGCACAAAAUCCCUUGUCAUUGUGGAGCCUGGAAUUGCAGAAAGUGGAUGAACUAAAAGUAUUCCCCUCCAAAGGUGCCAGAACCAUGUGCGCCAAAGCCUUUGGUUCCAUCUUAGCCAGUGUAUAAGCUGAAAGAUGUGGAGGUGAUGCGGCCUCCACCAGUGAAAGACUAAAGCAGUGACCCCUGUAGCCAAAGGUAUGAAGAGCAUUAAUCAAUAAAGCAACAAACCCUCACAACAGAGGCAUGUCAGCCAACAACUCUCUCCUCCUUGACUAUUUUCAAUAAGCUUACAACAAUCCUCAACAUCUACCAAAUGAUCCUGACCUUCUGAUAUCAACCCUCAUACUACAGAGCUCAGCUGGAGCUGCGACAAAAAGCCAUGUUCAAAUACUGAGAAUGAACUUGAUACAUUUUUAUGUUUUGAGACGGACCUAUUUCCUGCUCUUUUACACUUUAUCCUCACCUCCUUGAAAGGCACUUUCCCAUCAACUCAUCAAUGAAGACAACAUGGAUAUUAUUGGCUCGCUAGACAAUCAGGACGUGGCUCUGCAUUUGAGCUGCAAAUGAUUGAUGGAAAAAGAUGAUUAUUAAAUUGGAGAUGUUUUGUUCUAUGGCUCAAGUUGUUCUGACUGUGUGGAGUCCCUAAGGUGGGUUAGUGUGACCCUGUCUACCUCAUUGAUUUAACGGGAAGUGGCUGCUUUGAAUAAUAACUGUUAACUGCUACUGUGGAGGGGGGGGUGUUUUUAUGGGCUUAGCCUUCUCGGACAAGCAGGGAAACUUAAGCAGCAGGUUUGCUCUGUCUACUCUAUGCUGAUGACGAUUUACAAUAAUGAGCCAACGUAAUUAUUAUUCAUGAAUUAUUUAUACAGAAGAAAUAUAUGACCGUUUUGAUAAAAAAAGAAAAUCACAAUCAGCUUAGCAGGUGUCGUGUAUGCCUCCAAAUCAUGGACAUUUCUGUUUUUCUUUAAGCGUUUUUUAGCCGUGCUCUUAGCUGUGUGAAAGCACAAUAACCACCGUGUAGUUCCUUGUAGUUGUACAUACUGAGCAAGCGGCUUUCAGAUCUCACUUCUAGGACUAGUUUCUUCUCGAAAUGCACAUUUGCUUUUGCUUCACGUUCAAGCUCCACUGCUGCCUCCAGCGCAGUGGACCAAUGACUACUUUAUAUCCCACUGCUAACACUUUGAAUCAUGUUUCUUCCUCUGUAAUAUUUAGUGGACUGUUGAUAACUUUACUGUAGUAGGUCUUUCUCUGUCAGAGCGCAGCCUGCUGUCUUUACACCCCUCGAGCGAGUUUUUCUUCUGCUGGAACUGUCCCGUGAGGCUGGGCAGAUGGCAGGGAAAGACUUAUUGAAAAAAGGGCAUUUGUUUCACCUCUAUGUAAAAAUGAAUGAAAUGUCUUUAAAGGGAGCUUUACUUAAAACUCCAGUAACCGAACUACUUUUCUCCCUCUUCCCCUAACCUGAAACCUCACUAUUAUUAAAUGCAAAUUGUACAAACUGUAUAUAUGGUAUAUGCAUCAGGGGGUAGCAACUCUUUAUCCAGCCCCUUUGUAAUCAAAAAGUCAAGAGUAGAUGACAUCAGAAGAAACAACCACUGGAUAUCAUUUUAACAAAGUUGAAGCUGUAUAUAAAUAUAAAUAUGUGUAAAUGGCAAACUAAUAUCUUUAUGUAUAUGAAUCAGAGUGUUUUUGCAUUGACCUGUUUUCUAUUAGUGUUUUUGCUAAAAGCCCUCAGAUAGGUUUGUUAAAAUAUGUUCUCUUGAAUCAGUCCAGACGCGGCUGAGGGCAAUAUGAGGAGCGUUUAUUACACACAAUUCACUUCUUUCUUACAGCAGUACUUUGGUGCAUAGCAUCUCUAUUUAUGUAAUAUUGUUUGUGUUUUAUUUAUACUACUGCUUGUUGAUUAUCAAAACCUGUCCCUUUAUUGGUCGCAAUCAGAAUCAUGUACUCUUGAAUGGAAAACCCUGGACUCCUUAUACUUCGUAGUGCUUUUGGUUUGAAUCUAUAUUUUCCCUAUAGAAGUGAAUGUGCUGGUAAACCUUGUGAACCUGGCUUCCUGUAUGUUGUAUGAUGUUAACUCCAUACUUAACCUGGUUAUGAAUUGCACUCUCAGACUAUAUUGGAGAACUUCUCUGAAGUGGUAGUAUACAAAGCAGUGAAAUAUAUAUAUAUUUUUGGUAUGUUUCUAUUUCAAGGGAAGACCAUGAGACAUUAUCCCAACUCACUGGAUUUUAACCUGAAUUUUUAAAGGUUGCUAAAUCUUAAUUUAAGUUCUCUGCAUAUCUUAUAAUUUAAUAAAGUUUUGCUCAAAUUUAAUUUUUUUAACCUCACAUACUUUUUAAAAAGAUAUUGCAUCUGUACAGCAGAGAUACUUUUAGGGAAUAUGAAUAAAUAUAAUGUUCAUUUUUAUUGUAUGUGGCAUGUUUUGUAUGGAUAUUAUUUUGAAUUGUACAUAUUUUUGGAGAACGCCAGAGGGUGCAUCUCUUUAUAUACAGCUUUCCACUCUCCUCCCUGCCAUCCUAUUUCUUUGUCUGCUUUUGUUUCUUGUAAAGGAAAAUAAAAUGCAUUUUAAAUAAGUUACUAUACUCAUUUAUAUAAA